AUGGAAUCUGUGGACGAGAGUGCUGAGCGAAUUAUGGAACGAGUACGACAGAGAAAUAUGGAGUUGAGCGCUUCGAUGGAACAUGAGAAUGAGAACGACUCGAUGAAGGCUGAAUUCUCUGCGAAAUCUGGAGACAAAUCCGUAGAUAAGGAGUCAAAGAAUUCAUUCAAUGAGAUGCCAGUGGACGUUCCUUCGGCAUCGCCGUUGAAAAACAAAACAAACAACGUCACAUCCGAUGUUUCCACUUCACCAUCGAAGACGCCCUCGUCAAGGAUGAAAUCGCGAUUCUCAGAGCUUGCCGCCGAGUAUGAACAAUUUGAAAUUGAUCAAAACUGGCAUCAUCCCGGAUCUAAGCCGAAAGAAGCGUAUAUGAAAGGAGUGUCACCUCGGCUUAGCAUGGGAGAGACAAGACCUUCCGUAUUGUGUACUCCGGCUGGGAUGGCACAACUGAAAACAUCCAGCACAGCAAAGUCUCCGUCUAGUAAAGAGUCUUCACCACUGAAGCCUGUUUCAAUAACAUGCAAUAAAACGCCACAGAAGUUUGAACCGGUUAAAGAGGACCAACGGCGUAUACAUUUUGCGCAUCCAAUUUCCGACACUCAUGUAAUGACAGACGAGUCUUCGUUGUGUUCUACAGUGAACACGACUGACGAGAGUACAAUCUUAGCCGGGGCUCCUCCAAUCCCUGCAGUGAGAGUUUUCUUCAAGAGUAAAAACGGAGAAGUGGACUUAUCAAGUGAUGAAUAUGGGGCUCAUACAUUUACUAAAAAGACAACGAAAUCGGGGUCCAUCAAGGAAAAGGAAGAACAAGUGGAUCUUUCAAGCGAUGAGUAUGGGGCGCAUACAUUCCUUAAAAAGAAAACUCCACCAAGAGCAAAGUCUUCUUCUACGUCCUCGAUUAAUAUGAUAUCGCCAAAACCAUUUAGUCAUAGUGCCAGUCAAACACAUUUUUCACCGGUGCAUUUUAACCCCGUCACAACAUCGUCGCCAAAUUUUGAGGUGCGAACAAUUACCAUGGAUACGAAAAUGACUGCAGAGAUUCCUAUAUCUGAGGUGAAACUGAGACCAACCGAAACUCGAAAGGACUUUAUGGACGAGUUGGAAGCUCGUGCGAAAACUGCUAGUACUCCAGAAGCUACUACUCCCAUGUCAGCGUCGUGGAAGAGUGUAGCUGAUGAGAAGGAAAACACAUUUACAAAACAAAUGUCUCCCAUUCGAACCGCUGUUAUGGAGUCAGCUAAGGCGAAAAAGAUUGCUCAACAGCUUGAAGAGAAGUUAAAAACCACCCAAGCUAAGAUCCCAACCCCAACACCUAUCGCCACCAUUUCGACAACAACUAUCACUCAUACCGCACCAAUCACUCCAACUACCCCUAGAGUUCAGACACAGUGGCGUGGUAGUCAGGAUACGGCCGUAGUUGUGGGCUCUACUCCAGGUGUACCAACUCAACCUGAUGUCCGCGCAAGUAUAGUGAAGAACUUGAAGACUCGUUGGGAGUUUUCAUCUAUAACUGGAACUCCUAUUCACCCUGAUGAAACUGAAGAUGAAAUCCUAAAAGCAGCGAUCCGCAUGCGUGAUACAGCAAUUCCGCGAAAGUUUGACCAAAAACCAAAGAAUCCGCAACCGUAUCUAGCUACAAAGGUUGCGCAGCAAAUUAAGCAAAAUGAGAAGCGUUCUCCAACAUGCUCACCGCUCUCUAAAAGUCCUCGUUACGCUGAUGAGUCGGAUGAAAAUGAUGAUCUAAGAACAGCGCACCAAGUUAAGUCAACAACAAGACACGGAUACUCACCCUACAAAUCUCCCGCCAUCAAGAUGUCACCGAAAAGAAAAUCGCCUAAAGUCAACAUCACGUCGCAAAAGUCACCAAUACAUCUUCAGCAUCCAGACACAGCUGAAGAAGCGAAUCUCUUUGGGGAUGAUGAGGAAUCGGGUGAUGAAGUCAACGCGUCGCAUAACGUUUCGCAUUUGAUUGAUCAGGCUUUCGAAUUCAUGGAGUACACACCAAAUAAAUGCACUGGCGUAACACCUACGAAGAUUCCAGAAGGGUUAGCACCGACUGCCGAAGAGGAAAUGUUUUCACCAAUGAAGCAAGUCUCCAGCCCAUUGCCUGUGCCACCUGAGAAGCCGAAGCAAGAUCCAGUGUUUAUUCCAUCUGAAAGUCAGGCAAAUGUUGAAUGUGAAGGCGAUACAAGCAAAGGAUCUCUUCUUCCGUAUACAGUAUCGUUUUAUCGUAAACGAAUGAGAGAAAUGCGUUCUGCGGAUGCUGGUGUUGAGAAGAUUGACUUGACCACUGAUAUUUCAACCGUACCUCAACAGAUGAUUAUUGGUGGUGGUGGAGGUACUUACAGUAAUGAAGAAGAAAGUAAGAAAGCCAGAGCGGAGAGGAAGGCUGCUAUGGAACGUGAGGUUUCUGUGCAACAGCAAAGAAUAGCACAGGCCAUGCAAGCAUUACGGUACUGCAGGGAGCGCACGGAAUUCCGCGGAAGUCGUGAAGAGGUUGAUGCUCAACGUGCACUUUUAAUAGCUACCGAGACACGACGCGCACUACUGUUUGAGAUCGAUCGUCUUAAUCGUGGGGAGUUGAAGGGAGCACCGGGGCCACAUGGAACACUUACUAUUAGCAACAUUACGAUAUUUUUGGAUCGCGAGUUUGUUAACACUCAAAUCAACUACGCGUCACACAAAGAUGAUAUCUACUACUUCAUUGUACUUCUUCGAUAUGGUUGUGAUGUUCAGCAUACUUCAUUGGUUACUAGCGAUGAAGGAAUAAGAAAGAAGGGUCUUCUUGAAUUCAAUUACUAUCUAACGCUAAAGGACCUACCACCUGACUUCGUAUGCGCCUUGGAAGUCUAUGGACUUAGAACGAAACGGGAGCACAUUUCGCAUGAAGUGAAGUAUCGACUUGGGGGAACCUUGGGUAAAAAGGUGAAGCAGGUCUUCCUGGAAAUUCAGCGCUCGAAGAUAGCGACACUAAAGACGUCGCUGGGAGGUCCGUCAGCUGUAGUUGAACCAGCAUUUCAAUUGGUUGGCAGGCUCACUAUUGACAUUGACACGCACUCUCGAAAACUGACGCUGCAAGAUGUGAUGUCGCCACUGGAAGGUUCAGUAGUUGUGAAAAUGAAGAAACAUGCCACGGAUAAGAGCCGAACGAUUCAUCGCGGGUUUCUGUCGAUGUACCAGCGUACUAGAGAUGGCUUGGGAACCUGGACAAGAUAUUGGUGUGUACUAGAGUGCGGAGAGAUGAGAUUCUGGCGCAGUCCCGAUGAAGAAAGAGAUGGGAAGCAGUGGCUAGUGCUUCUCGAUCUUCAAACGUGUGCAGGCGACGGCGCCUCAACCGUUAAUGAGGUGUGCCCGUAUCCGAAUUCCUUCCACAUAGACGUUUGGGUACCGAAAGAAGGCGGUGCUCGACAGUCGAACGGUAAACCCGAGAUGGAAAAAUUGCGAGUGAUGCUAGCUGCGGAUACGAAAGCCUACCUGGAUAGUUGGAUGGAGAUUAUCAACCAAACGGCGCGUCACGUUCUAAUGUGGGAUCGGCCUUCAUUUGUGCCUAAGUGA